CACCUUUUGUUUCGCUUUUUCAAGGGGAGCAUACAAGAAAUUAAUUUAAUCAAAAAUGAUUUAUAGAUCUAUAGUGUCUGUUAAGCACAUUGUAAAUAAAGAUGGCGUCAGAACAAUACCCCCUCCACGCUGCCGUAUUUGAAGGUGAUAUUAGACGUGUUGCCCAGUUACUUCGAACACACGACCUCAGUGAAAAAGACAUACAUGGAAAUACACCACUACAUUUGGCAGUGAUGCUUGGUCGCAAAGAGUGUGUGCACCUGUUGCUAGCCCACAAUGCACCAGUGAAGAUAAAAAAUGCUCAGGGCUGGACCCCAUUGGCAGAGGCAAUUAGUUAUGGCAACAGACAAACAGUACUGUCAGUGCUUCGUAAACUGAAGCAACAGGCGCGAGAGGCAUUGGAGGAAAGAAGACCAGCUCUUGUGCAAGCUCUGCGAGAAAUCGAUGAUUUUUGCCUUGAGUUAAAGUGGGACUUUCAUAGUUGGGUUCCACUUGUGUCUCGGAUUCUGCCAUCAGACAUCUGCAAGAUCUACAAAAAAGGUGCCUGUAUAAGGCUAGAUACCACCCUAGUAGACUUCAAUGAUAUGCACUGGGAUAGGGGAGACAUUUCCUUUAUCUUCAAUGGAGAUCAACAACCACAGUCAUCACUGACAGUUCUCGAUAAUCGACUUGGUGUAUACCAGCGCAUUCGUUAUGAGGAGAGUGACCUUGAACUUGAAGAGGAAGUUGAUAUACUAAUGAGUAGCGACAUAAUCGCAGCACAGAUGUCCACAAAGAACAUCACAUUUUCUCGUGCUCAGAGUGGCUGGUUAUUUCGUGAAGAUAAAACAGAGAUGGUUGGGGAUUUCAAAGCAGACUUUUAUUAUGUGAAUGGUCUUAUACUGGAAUCUAGGAAAAGGCGGGAGCACCUUAGCCCUGAAGAUGUACAGAAGAACAAAGCCUUGAUGGAAAAUAUAGGUCGUGGAACAUGGGACGCUACCCAGCAGCAGGUAGAAAGACGGCAAUCUUUGACGCCUCCUGAACCAUGCAGUGUCAUUUGGGAAGAAUACAUUCAAGCAGAGCCAGGCCGACCCCCAUGUCUAGGCAGGCCAUUAGUGGCUAAAGAGAGUGCCAAAGCUUUCAAAGCAACAGUUGCCAUGAGUGAUGAUUUUCCCAUGACAGUUGGCAUGCUGCUAGAUGUCCUGGAAGUGGUAGCACCUUUCAAGCAGUUCCAGAAACUCCGAGAUUUCAUGAUGUCUCGUCUACCUCCUGGAUUUCCAGUACGAAUAGAAAUUCCUGUCUUUCCAACGGUCACAGCAAAAGUUACCUUCACAUCAUUUGAAUGGCGGGAUGACCUUGGGCCAGAGUUGUUUGUUAUCCCCGAGGACUACCGUGAGGACUCCAGCCGGUUUCCAGAUUUAUGACUCUCCCUUCUCUGUGACUUCAUCCACGUUCUCACCAGCAUUCGCCAUGCACAUCCAUUUGUCAUGGACAAGUCAUCAAGUACAUCUUCCACCGCCGCCUCAGCAACAAUUUCCAGCACAGCCUGUGAUACUUCCUCCACUCUUGGCAGAACUGUUGUCGAAGUGUAUGAUUCGUCUGUUGUUAAGUGCAACUCAGCAGAAACUGAUGAGGACAGUGUGUUUGUUGCCAUAAAGCAAGUCAGGGAUGACAAGGAAAUCACAAAUGCAGCAUCUCAGGCCACUUGUUGUGAUCAGCACAGCAAAGCUGGUAAAAGAAGAAUGUUGGACAAAUUUUUAGCUUCCUUUUACCGCACAGAAACCACUGGUUCAAAAUUGUCCAUAGCACAGUCGGCAUACUGUCGUUCUGUAGCAGACUUGCGGGUUCAAGCUUUUAGUCCCUCUUGCUCAGGACAGCAACUGGUUGUGUGUGAUUCAGGCUGUGGCACAAGUUGGGACAAAGUUUGCCCCUGCAUUGCUGUGGACAUUCCUGUGACAGUCUUGGGUUUGGCAGGAUCUGAGGUGACACUGCUGUUUCCUAAAAUGUAGCAUAGAACCUUGAUUUUUUACAUUUUCCUACCUAGCUCUUACUCUGUCAGCUUGUCAGAUUAUCUUUUUAUAGUACAUGACAACAAAGUGUGGAACUACUGACCAAUCCACCCUUUGUGUUCCUGUGCUUCAGUAUUCCCCAUAAAGUUCCUUAAAGUAUGGUACUUUUCUGCAAAGUUCAGAGCUUGUAGGUGGAUUUCCUACAAACACAUGAUUUAGUUAGUAUCUUUUUUCUGUAUAAAAUGCAAUUUUUUUGGAGGGAAAAGUGAUAAACUUUUAUCAUUUCAGCAGCUACUGCAGACACCAUUUUAGUAUGAGCAUAUUUUAAGUCUUUGCCUUUUAAAUUAAACAAGCAGCCAUUCAAGAAUGAUAGAAUAACAUCUUGCCUGCAGUUUAGGACAGGAAAGUUUCAAAUAUUUCUUUUGCACAUAAUUUUUUUUAUUUUUAAAAGAUCUGAGGUUGUCACAUAAAUUGAUGCUGGAAAUGAGACAUUUGUGAAUUUGUGAUGGUGAGGGGGAAACAAUAUAAAUAUAAAUCAUUUUUGCAUCUUUCUAUUUUAAAUAAUCACCACAACGAAAUCUGGAGCCUUUUUAAAAAAAGAAAUUGAAACUUAGUCACUAUUUUUUCAUGAUGGCACAGUCUGUAUUUGAAAUCAUUUGUCUCUUUCUGGACAACAUUUGCUGAUCACAGCCGAAAAUUUUUCUUCUCCUAAUUUUGUUUUCUACGGCUUUCUCUUAGCUCUUGUUACAGUCUGCAUUUAUGUGCAUCUUGUUAUGUAAUACUUUUAACUACAUUCUUUUGCUUUCUCUGAUUUGUUCCUUAUGAAAAACAUUAAGAUUUUAACUGAAAUUGCAUGUGGCAUGUAACAGUUGAUAUUUUUUUUUUUAAUGUUUUGUUUCUUCUGGUUUUGACCUUUUUUUCUUUCUUUCUGUCCUUCCAUUGCAUGACAGAGCAUAUUUAAUCAUCUCAUGAUUUUCUCAGCUUCUUCUCUAAGACUUUGUUAUCACAAAUUGGUUGUCACAGAGACACCAUCAACAUGUGCCAAAGUGUCUGAAAAUAGAAGUAGAACUUCAGUAUAUGUAGUCUCCACUUACAAACGCUAAAUGCAACAAAAGAUUGUACGAAUAAGUGAACGAAAGAAAAUUUUUAAAUAAUGGAUGUUUUUUGCUCACCAAAAUUCAAGUUUGAGCAGCCUGUAAUUUUUUUUUUUAACCACUGCAUGUAUAUGUUGAGGAAAGUUGAAAAUAGCAACAACAGCUAUAGUUGAAAGCAGGAACCUGCAUCUCCAUGCUUUAUGAACAUGAAUGUAUAUGGCUGAAAUAGAUCAGGGUUGAAUAACCACAGUAAUGACCUUUUAGCACACCUGAGGCCAUUUGAAAUGAUAAAAUAAUUACCAUGGAAAUAGAUACACUAACCACUGUUGAAGGUAAUCAUGUUUGAAUUGUGCUGUGCAGGAUAUUAUUUCUUAUAUUAGUAACAGAAAAUGCUGAAUAGCACUGUUGCUGUUAAAAUUUAGGCAAUAGGAAUUUUGCGUUAGGUCUGUGUGACUGCAAAUUCUUGCAGAACAGUUCUGCUUUCUGGGUUGUCUCCUCUAACCAGCUGUGCAGCAAAUGCUGCUACACGUAGUAGAAAUUUUUUAACCACUACUGUGUAAAUAUUAAGAUGAAGCAAAACUCCAUAAGAGAACAAGCUACCAGUGAGGUUUUGAGCAUAAAUUGCAACAACUUUACCCAUAAGUCGUGCUUGACCUUUUCCCCUCCACUUUAUUUCUCAGUUUGAUUUUGUUCCCCAUCUCUUCUGUAGCAUUUUUCUGUGUACUUCACUUUGAAACUUGUAGUCUUAUCAAGGUUCUAACCAAUUAUGGUGACUGCAAGGAUAAGGACCAUCACUCUCCUAUCAUAGCAGUUUUGCUGCAGACUCUUUCUGACAUGGUAUGUUACAGCUGCCUGAGUGGGCUUUCUCAGGGACCAUAACUUUUCAUCAUCAAUGAAACAGGUAGGGAGGGGCUGGGGGUGAAGGGGACCUUUUCAUUGAGCUCAUCAGCCCAAGUCUUGUCUCCCUCUCCUCAUUGUAGAUCAUGGGCUAGUGUGAAGAAGGCUUAGCUUUUCAUUGGUAUGCCGCUGAUGUAAUUAAGAAACAGUAAGCCAGGCAUUCAUGAGAUGCCAUCAGAAAGUACAGAUUGGCCCUCUCUCACUUUACCUUUUCUUUCUCUCCAGGUGUAUGCAUGCAGAUUUUAACCUGGUUAGCUAUAGUGUGAGCAUGGCAACAGUUUACAAGUUGAACUGAGAUCAGCAUCUGAUCACCUUGCACACUGGUCCUCUGUGAUCAGUUUUCCUUUGUAAAUACAUGUUGGAAUCCGAUUUUUCGAUGGGGAUGUGAUCAUGUUAAGCCUGUAACUCUGUAUGUGUGGAUGGGUGAUUAGGUGAGCGAGAGGUAUCUUUUACUGCUAAACAGCUUUUUACAUGUUUGUUUAUGUUUUCUUCAUGGAUAUCUGCAUGCACCUGCCACAGAUGUCCGAAUUUGUAGCCUUUUGGUAAGCCAGAUAUACUUUAAAGACUGCACAAAAUAACUCAGAAGCAAGAAUUUGACUUGCUGCCAUUGCAAAAAAAAAAAAAAAA